CUCUUCCGGCAGCAGGCGAGGAAAGCGGGAGGAUGCGGGACGAGGAAGGCGAGCGAGACGGAGGAGGAGGCGGAGGCCCCUUCCGCUUCCGCCCGGCCAGGCUCCGCUUUCCCGCCCAGCACCCCUUUUUCGAGGACGGCGACGUCCAGCGCCAUCUCCGCCUCCAGCAUGCGCAGCCCAGCGACCCACCCGGAGGGGCCUCCCGGCCCCCCGCCGCCUUCUCGUGCCCGGCCGUGGGCUGCGCGCAGGUCUUCGACUCCCUGGCCAGCUGCGAGCAUCACUACGGCCUCCUGCACCGCAGCGCCUGCGCCGCCUGCCAGCGCGCCUUCCCCUCGGCGCACCUGCUGCACCUGCACCUGCUCGAGUGGCACGACGCCCUCUUCGGGGUCAUGGCGGAGAAGCGCAGCCUGUACCAGUGCCUGGUCGAGAGCUGUCCCGAGAAGUUCAAGAACAGCAAAGAGCGCAAGGAGCACUUGGUCCGAGCUCACUGCUACCCGUCAGACUUCCGCUUUGAUAAACCCGUGAAGGCAAAGAGCACGAAGGAAGCGAGAUCUCCCUCCAGAGAGAGCGCCUUCCUGAUGGAUGUGCGGGGGGGAGAAGACUGCAGGGAGCCGGCAGCGGACGAUGCCAUGGAAGUCGGCCCCAGCGAGAGCACAGAGGAGAAGCCACCCCAGCCUGGGGCAGAGGACACGCCAGCCUUUCCACCGCCUGAGAGGCGGCUCUACAGGUCCAGUGUCCCACCCACUGUUUGCUUUGGACAAGGGGCAAAGCGCAGCUUCCAAGGCAGAAAAAAGAAGGCCUGAGGGAUCCAAGAGGAACUUGUGGAAGCGGCAGAGCGAAAAAAGACUCUUGCAAAGCCCAGGUGGCCUUUCUUCGGGCGGAGGAGUUGGUUUUGACCCUCCAGCAGAGGCAAAGUGGGCUCUGGUGCAGGGAGGUGCACCUGCUCUACCUGGCAGAGACAGCAAACUGGGUCCUUCACCAACUGGGAGCUGCUCCUGCAGGCCAGGAGUCCCCAGGACCAGAGUUGCGUGCAGAGGGUGAAAAUCGUUUCCGAAUUUUUGAAAAUAAAAUACUUGGUGUUUACAGAGUCCUGGAUGUUGGAAAGAGCAGCUGGUUGAUUAAGCCACAAGAGGCAAAUGGAGGUCAUCUCUCUCUGAACAAAAUGCACAAAAUACACAAUCUGCAUUUAAAAGCAAUCUGUUCCUAUGUUGCAAGAGAUGUCCUAUCAUCUCUCCAUUGAUCAAAGGGGGGCGAAGUAUUAUCUUUCCUGUCAAUACCAGUCUUUUGGCAGAAGUAAGGGCACAAAGAGUCCAUCUAGAUCAACCAGCUGCCAAGCCCCAUAUAAUUGGCAUGGCAUUUAGGAUAAUGUUAACAUCUGACAAUUUUAUUUCCCCCCCAAAUAUAGUAUUUAUACAUCCUAAGACUUUAAUCCAAAAAAUCAUAAUUGUCAGACAUUGCUUAAACUUAUGUUUCAAAGAAGCGUUUUCC